ACUUCCCCCAAAAAAAGAAAAGAAAAAAGCACUGAAUACAACAGUUCAAUUCGGCAACCGGAUUAAUAUAUAUUUGUGGAUGCAGAGGAGACGUUAUUGUCCUGUAGCUGGAGGGGAAUCUCAGCCAGCAGACGCCUCUAUAAAAACCAAGUAAUUUAACCAGUUGUUGCAACAAGGAAGUUCAUCUUGUACUCGCAAUGGCAAAUAAGCUCAGAUUGGAGGGCAAAGUGGCUGUAAUUACGGGUGCAGCAAGUGGUAUAGGUGAAGCAACUGCAAGAUUGUUUGUGGAACAUGGGGCUCGCGUGGUAAUUGCCGAUAUUCAAGACGAACUUGGUCUCCAAGUAGUGGCGUCCAUUGGAACAGACAAGGCCAGCUACCGCCACUGCGACGUCACUGACGAGAAACAAGUCGAGGAAACUGUCGCCUACGCUGUUGAAAAAUACGGCACUCUCGACAUCAUGUUUAGCAAUGUCGGAACGCUGAACUUCUGCAGCGUUCUCGACAUGGAUAUGACGGCCUUUGACAAAACAAUGGCCGUCAACGUGCGAGGUACGGCAUUAGCCGUCAAGCAUGCAGCUCGAGUCAUGGUUGCUAAACAAGUUAGAGGCUCCAUCAUAUGCAACGCGAGCAUUGAGUCUAUUCUUGCUGGGGCAGCCUCGUUGGCCUACGUAGCGUCGAAGCACGCAGUCGUAGGCAUUGUGAAAGCGGCGGCGCGCGAGCUAGGACUGCACGGUGUCAGGGUGAACGGCGUGUCGCCUUAUGGCAUUGCGACGCCACUCGUAUGCAAAGCCUACGGCUGCGAUGAUGCCGCUUCGUUGGAAGCUGGAAUAUCUGGAAAUGGUCACUUGAAAGGUGUUACGUUGAGCACGGAACAUAUAGCACAAGCAGCACUUUUCUUGGCGUCAGAUGAAUCCGCUUACAUUAGCGGUCAUAAUUUGGCUGUAGAUGGCGGCCUCAGUUCUAUGUUGAAGCUGAAUUACUAAAUCCUCUCAUUAGUGUGCAAUGUCAUCUUCUUAAUAAAAUAACUGCUAGUAACUUGCAGCAUAGCAAGUUUGGUUUGUCUAUCCCGUCAAAUAGGCGUGUUCUGAUUUGGUUCAGCUUUUAUUAGAAAGAAAUCAGAACUCUUUCAUUAAUGUAAUAAUGUUCGCACAUUCACCUCCAACCAAUUUUUAACAAUUCAAAAGAAUGAACAAAUAACUCAGUAAUUUUUUUAUAAUAGGAUGCAAAACUAGUAAUGACUAUCGGGCAAUUGCACAAAAAGGAUUGUUUGGUGCCACCGUUUAAAUUUUGCCCCCGUAAAGAAAAGUGGGGAAAGUAACCCCACGCCAGACUUUUGAAGCACGUUGCCAGAAUUCCUAUUGAUUCAAAAGUCUGGCGCGGGGCUAUUUUAACAAAACAGUGGCACUUCUUUUUUGAUGACUAUUCCAAUAGUACCUGCUAGGACCUGCAUAUAGAGGGUCGCACCAUUAAAUUUUUGAAUAUUCUCAAUCAACAACUAGACUUCCGUUCAGUGUCUGAAAUUUAUAUCACUAAAUAGCUUCUAAAGUAACAAAGCAUGAUCCAUACUGUACUGAACUUAUUGAUCAAUAUCAAUGAUUUCAGAAUUGCAUACUCAAUGAUUAGGGCAAACUAUAGCAACAACCCCCCAGCUAUUAUGGAAGACCAUGUCUUCAUCAAAUCAACUGAAUUUGCAUCCUCCGGAUGAAGUCUACAACUAUAAUCAUCUAGAUGGUCUAACUACAUCAAGUGCUGAUCAUCACAAAGAAAAGAAACCAAUUUCACAAGAAAGGAUCAGCUGCAUUAACAAGGUAAAAGUUACACUGUAAAGUGGAUUUUUGACUUUACACAACAUACUUCCUUGCAACAACAUAUGACAACUUUGAGAGAAAUAUCACACUAAGACUGAAGAUCAAAACAUGAAUGGAACAACCGAAAAGAAGUCUCCAUGAAA